AUGACAGAACACAGUUUCCAAAAGCAACCGAGCCUUCGAUAGUAUCAACCUUGAGUUAGUUUUCCCUUUCUGGGCUAAAAAAAAUUACUAACCAUGACCGCUAUCGUCUCUAAAUGGGCGUUGAACAAGUCCCAUAUCACGGACAACUUGGCCGUGGGUGGCACAGAAGACCCUUAUUAUGAGCCUGAAGAUGCCAAUAAGAAGCGCAGCUGGUACCACAGAAAACACAUGAAGCAGUUGCCCGCAUACCUUUCCGAGAACGACAUCAGGGUCUUGAAGUCUGUUCGUCAGAAUGCGUAUCGCUUGGACUUGCAAGUCAAGAUCUGUGGUUACAGACUAGGCUGGGCGGGUAUCAUCGGAUUAAUCCCUGUUAUUGGGGACUUUCUUGCCUGUUGCUGUGCAUUGAUGGUUGUGAGAAAAGCCGGAGGAAUCGACGGGGGAUUGCCUGCUCUCACUCACAUGCAAAUGAUAGCCAACGUGGCCUUUGACUUCGGCAUGGGCUUGAUCCCAAUUGUAGGGGACUUGGUGAAUAUUGCGUACAAGUGCAAUUCGCGGAACUAUGUGCUAUUGGAGAAGCACUUGGUGCACAAAUAUAAGAAGCGUGGGGCAGACACUGAAGGAGCGACUGGUCGUGAAAUCCAUAUCAACCCUAACCUCGUAGAGGAUCUUGAAACCCACGGGGCAAACACUUUAUGGACCGAAAAAGACAAGACCAACUCCGCCAAUGCUCCACAACCGAUAUAAACGUUUCAUAGUUGACCACUCCAUUAACCACGACUAACCCAGGGAACUUUUCUGUAAAGCUUGG